GUUGCUGAGGCGGCGGAGAUGGAGCGGGUGCGGGUGGUCCUCGGGCAUCUGUCCGGCUCCGGGCAGCGGCGGGCCUGGGCGCCUUCCCCUUGCCGGAGCGGGCUGUCCGGCCCGGACGACGUGGUGGUGGUGCACGGGCGGCGGACCCCCAUCGCCAGGAGCAAACGGGGCGGCUUCAAGGAAACUACACCUGACGAGCUUCUGGCUGCGGUCAUGACUGCUGUCCUGAGCGAUGUCAAGCUAAGCCCCGAGAGGCUGGGCGACAUCUGCGUGGGGAACGUACUUCAACCUGGGGCUGGAGCCCUGAUGGCGAGAGUUGGACAGUUUCUAAGUGGUAUUCCAGAGACUGUCCCAAUAUCGUGUGUUAACCGGCAGUGUUCGUCUGGGUUGCAAGCUGUGGUCAAUAUUGCUGGUGGCAUUAGAAAUGGCUGUUAUGAUAUUGGCUUGGCCUGUGGAGUGGAGAGCAUGUCUCUCCGCAGUGCAACUAACCCUGGGGAUGUCAGCUCUCGCAUGAUGGACAACAGCAAAGCCAGAGACUGUCUGAUCCCCAUGGGAAUAACUUCUGAGAAUGUGGCAGAAAGAUUUGGCGUCUCCCGAGAAAAGCAAGACGCUUUUGCCUUUGCUUCCCAACAGAAAGCAACUCAAGCUCAGAAGUUGGGGUGGUUUAAAAAUGAGAUUGUCCCUGUGACGACCACCUUCACUGAUGACCAGGGCACUGAGAAAACAAUCACUGUGCUGCAGGAUGAAGGAAUCAGGCCAAACACUUCCCUGGAGGGAUUGGCCAGGCUGAAGCCGGCCUUCCAGGAGAAUGGGACUUCCACAGCUGGCAAUUCCAGCCAAGUGAGCGACGGGGCUGCCGCGGUGCUCCUGGCCAGACGUUCCGCAGCUGAGCAACUGGGGCUGCCCGUCCUCGGGGUGCUGAAAUCGUACGCUGUGGUGGGCGUCCCACCGGACGUCAUGGGCAUAGGGCCAGCCUAUGCCAUUCCUGCGGCACUGAAAAAAGCCGGUUUGACCGUGAAUGAUAUUGACAUAUUUGAAAUCAACGAGGCCUUUGCUAGUCAGGCUGUCUACUGUGUGGAGAAACUGGGCAUCCCAGUGGAGAAGGUGAAUCCUCUGGGUGGUGCCAUUGCCUUGGGACACCCUCUGGGGUGCACCGGGGCUCGGCAAGUCGUCACUUUGCUCAACGAGCUGAAGCGCAGGGGGAAGAGGGGCUAUGGCGUGGUCUCAAUGUGCAUCGGGACCGGGAUGGGAGCCGCUGCGGUGUUUGAAUAUCCAGGGAAGUGAACAGAACUUCGGCCUGUUGUGCAACCUGCUCUCAGGGCCUGGGAAGUGACCUGUGAUCCAUCCUGACGUGCAGCUGGCUUUAUGAAUGCUAGAUGUGUGCCCUCCGCGGUGGACAGAGCUUUCAAAUCCAGUGCCCUGGGAAUGAAUAUGGGAAUGGGAUGUAGCAAGGCCCUAGGCUGCUUGUCUUUAAGAAAACAUAGUAACAAUAGGUCUUCUUGCAGGGCUCUUAUGCCUUAAUCACUAGGGCAUAAGGGACCUACCUGCCAAAGGCAGGUGGGCUGGGGUUGGCGCAAGGGAAGUAAGGAUGCUUGAUGAACUUGACUGAUAGUCUGAAAUAGAUUGCCUUAUCUGCAGUGCUGGGAUUAAUGUGCAAUUGGAACAAGGGUUUUUUGAGUCUACGCCAGCGAGUUCCUUAAAGUAGUCAGAGUACUGCUUUGGGGGAAAAGUCACCACCACCACUAGCAGCAGCUAGAAAAUGGGGCACAAGCACAUUGGGGGACAAUAAAAAUCAUGGCACCUCACCCUCCCUGUUGGGCUCCAUUUCAAAGCCUUCUAGGUACUCACAAGCAGCUGUUGCCAGUUUUUUUUCCCCUUAAGGUGACUUUAGUUCAUCCCACAUCAUUUUUAAAGAUAAACUGGGACCAGGUAUGUUCUUUUAAAAAUAUUACUGUUACCAUGAUCAGGAACAAAACUGCCACCAACUGACCUCUAAAUUGUUAAAAGGAGCAGCAGCAUAAGCAGCAGGUUGGAAAUCAGAUGAUUCAGUUGCUGUCUUGGCAGGAAAUUGCUCAGACUGGCUUUGCUGGUGAUCUGAGGAGCUAAACCAAUUCUUAGAGAUGUUCUAAUUAACUAAUUAAAUUUCUGUCAAUGGAUUAAAUUACAUUAAUGAAGCCUC